CACCUAUCAAUUGGCGACCGCGAUUCAUGUGACGGAACAAUCGCCGGCUUUGUGCAUGGCAGCCCCCGAUAUGCCGCCAUCAUGACGGCUGAGAUAUACCCUUCACUCACUCAGUGCGCGAUAGUGGCUGCUGCGUUUAAGAUUCUGCUCUUCCCAGCCUACAAAUCGACCGAUUUUGAGGUCCACCGCAACUGGCUUGCCAUCACCAAUAGCCUGCCCUUAUGGGAAUGGUACUACGAGAAAUCUUCAGAAUGGACGCUCGACUACCCACCGUUCUUCGCCUACUUCGAGUGGAUUAUGUCGCAGGUCGCGAAGCUGGUAGACCCGGCCAUGCUCAAGGUGUACAAUCUCGAGUACGAUAGCUGGCAGACAAUAUACUUCCAGAGGUCCACCGUCAUCAUCACCGAGCUAUUCCUAGUCUAUGCAUUGCAGAUGUUCGUAGACUCGUCGCAUGGGGCAUCCAAACGAGCAGCGCAGGCCGCGGCCAUAUCUAUCCUGCUCUCGCCCGGUCUCCUCAUCAUUGACCACAUCCACUUCCAGUACAAUGGCUGCAUGUAUGGCAUCCUGAUCGCCUCGCUCGUCCUGGCGCGCAAGAAGUCAACGCUGCUGUGGAGUGGUCUUCUGUUCGCCGGUCUAUUGUGCAUGAAGCACAUCUACCUCUACCUGGCGCCGGCGUACUUCGUCUUCCUCCUCAGGGCGUACUGCCUGUCUCCGAAGUCGGUUUUCCGGAUUCAGUUUCUCAACUGUCUGAAGCUGGGCGCCGGCAUUGCAGGAAUAUUUGGCACGGCGUUCGGGCCUUUCGCACUACAGGGCCAAAUCCCCCAAAUCCUGAGUCGGCUCUUUCCCUUUUCGCGUGGCCUGUGUCAUGCAUACUGGGCGCCGAAUGUCUGGGCCGUGUACUCGUUUGUGGAUCGCGCUUUGAUUAUCCUUGCGCCCCGACUUGGUCUGACGGUCAAGACGGAGGCGCUGCAGAGCGUCACACGUGGCUUGGUCGGAGAUACAUCCUUCGCGGUGCUGCCGGAUGUCACACCACGAGUGUGUUUUGGCCUCACUCUGGCUUUUCAGACGAUCCCGCUGUUGAAGCUCUUCUUCCAGCCGACCUGGGAUAACUUCAUCGGUGCCGUUACGCUCUGCGGUUAUGCCUCCUUCCUGUUUGGCUGGCAUGUGCACGAGAAGGCGGUCCUUCUUGUCAUUAUCCCCUUCAGCCUCAUCGCGCUCAAGGACCGGCGCUAUCUGGGCGCAUUCCGACCACUUGCGGUUGCGGGCCACGUAUCGCUGUUCCCGCUACUAUUCACUCCGGCAGAAUUUCCCAUCAAGACGGUCUACACCGUGUUUUGGCUCAUUCUCUUCCUCAUGGCCUUCGACCGCCUCGCGCCCGCGUCGAGCCGGGCCAGGUUCUUCUUGUUUGACCGCUUCAGCACGCUCUACAUCACGGUCAGCAUACCACUCAUCGCAUAUUGCUCAUUGGUGCACCAGAUUGUCUUCGGCAAAAGCUACGAGUUUCUACCGCUGAUGUUCACCAGCUCAUACUCGGCGAUAGGAGUAGUCGGGAGCUGGGUGGGCUUCAUGGUCGUGUAUUUCACUUCGUAGGGUAGGUAGAAAAAAAAGAGAACUAUACGAUCCUGGUGGUCGGCUCAGGCCAGUUCUACGGUACACUACGGAUACACUGCCGCAUUUCCCUCAAGUGAUUCCUCCUUCCAAGUUGCCAGGCAUAUACCAGCUACCCCUUGCUGAGUCAGCUGCCCAAGCCCUGUCGCAUAGGUACCUAUCUCUCAUUGGCCGUCAUCAAUGUCGGCAGGCCUGCAC